CCCAACAACAACUACAAUAAAAUCCUUAAAAUGGCUUUCAUCAAAUCUUUGAUCUGCUUGGCUGUCGUCAGCGCCGCCUCCGCCGGUGUCCUGCAUGGCGGUCAUGGUCUCUAUGCCGCCGGUCCUGCUCUGGCCUACGCCUCGCACGGACACCCUGAUGAGGGCAUCGACUAUCAUGCCUAUCCCAAGUAUCACUACAACUAUGGCGUCGCCGAUACGCACACUGGCGAUGUGAAGUCGCAGCAUGAGGUGCGCGACGGCGAUGUUGUGAAGGGCUCGUACUCUCUGGUGGAGCCUGAUGGUUCCGUGCGCACCGUGGAGUACACCGCUGACGAUCACAACGGCUUCAACGCCGUCGUUCACAAGACCGCACCCACUGUCCAUGCUGCCCCAUUGGUUGCCCACGCUCCUGCCAUCACUCACCAUGUGUCCGCUGCCCCAGCUGUGGCUUAUGGUGGCUCUCUGGCCGCUGCUGUGCCCGCUUAUGGCUAUAAUGCGCAUGCGCAUCUCGGCCACUACUAAGGAAACCACAUAGAGAAUGCAAUCGACCACCCCCACCUCCCCCACGCCACACCACGCGCCCCAUUUGUCACGCUUUUUCUUUCAUAUUUAUUAAACACACGUGGACACCGGCCUACAGCAUCGCCUGCUCAAUACUCAAGUUACUUUGUAAAUGACUAUGAAACGCGCAUACGGAACCAUCAAAUUGCAUCCCUCUUGCUCGCACAUGCGCCGUCUCUGUCUCACGCAUACACCCAUAGACACUCACGCACGAAAGAUGAUCAUGAACUGGAAGAUGAUGAUGAACAGUUGAGCUCCGCUAGGAAUAUCCAUACACAAAUAUAAAUUGGGAAUUUAUAUUUUGUAACAUGUCUCAUAAUUUCUGCCUUAAUACUUAAGUUUUCAUUGAAACUGCGAUAAAAUGCUAUAAAUAUAAAAUGUACUGAAUUACAAAAA